AUGGCACAAAGAGGAAUAAGAGUUAAAAAAUGGGUUUGCGCCAUUCGUCGUCUUCAUGCUCUUGAUGGAAGUGCCUUUUUCAAAUGUGGAACUUGUGGUAUGUCCGUUGCUAUUGCAUUGGUUGAGAGGCAACCAUUUGUUUCUCAUGCUAGAGAAUUGGACAAUAAACACCAAGAUGCUUUGAAACAAGAGGCUUAUGAGAUCAUAAAGAUAGCUAAAAGCAUGGGUUUUUCUUGGAUCUGUUAUGCUGUUUGUAUUAGGAUGGAAGAUCAUAUUGAAGUUGCUCGUCCUUUUGAUGAUAUCAAAGAUAUUGAUGAUUCAAAAGACAUCUGGACUCUGCCAGUUAGAAUCGUUGAUGUUUGGCCUGUCAUCAGUAAAUUUAAGAGUGAACAUAUUGAGAUGGUCAUCAUGGAUGCUCAGAGUGGUAGGAUUCAGGUGACUGUCCCUAAGGAAUUUGUGGCAGAGUUUAAGCAGAUUCUGUACUUGAAUAACACUCUUGAAAUGGAAAACUUUAAGGUUUGCAAAAAUGAAAUUGUUGUGAAGGCAACUCCUCAUCCAUAUCGGCUAAUUGUCACCGGAGCUACUGUCAUUACACCAGAAGAUUUUCCUGCAAUUCCUUUGGCAGGGUUCUGUUUUAAGGAUUUUGAAGAUGUUCUUGCUGGGAAGUACAGACCAGAUCUAAUAGUGGAUGCAAUUGGUGCCUUUCAAGAGGUGACCAAUACAAACAGGAGCUCAGGAAGGCUCAAAUCAAUCACAUUUCUUCUCAGAGAUGCUAGGUAAUUAUCCUGUUUGCUUCACUAAUGCUUGGGAUGGCACUCAACUUCUCUUCAAUCCUGUUUGUCCUGAAGUUGCU